AUGAACGGGAUUCUAGCUCAAGUGUGUUUGCUGGGAUAUCUGCUGCAGGCCCUGACUGAACCCGUCCCAGCAUCAGAGUUUGUUUUGGACGGAGAUUUUUUUCUUGGUGGACUUUUUGACAUUCAUCAAGUCAGUGACGGUCUUUCUCAGGACAGACCAGAGGCUUUCGCUUGCUCAAGUCAGCCUUUUAUUCUAUCAAGUUAUCGGAGAUUUCAGAUGAUGAGGUUCUCUAUAGAGGAAAUCAAUAACUCUACUAACUUGCUGCCAAAUGUAACUUUAGGCUAUAAAAUAUUUGACCACUGCUCAGACAGACAAAAUUUUCCAGAUGUUUUCAAUCUCAUCUCUGUGAAUGGUUUCAUCAAACCCUGGAAUGAAUCCCCCAAGAAUACCUCAAGAAUGAUCGCAGUGGUUGGCACUUAUACAAGCACGGCAACGCUGAGUUUUGCCCCGCUCUUGAUGAAGGAUCUCAUUCCCCUGGUCAGCUAUGGUGCUGCUAGUUCUGUCUUUUCAAAGAGGUAUCACUUUCCAUCUUUUUUAAGAACAAUACAUCCAAACAAAGAUGUUAUAAAAGUUAUUCUGAUGAUUCUGAAAGAAUUUGACUGGCGCUGGGUCUCCUUCCUACACAUUGACGACGAAUACGGCAGAGAUGGCCUGGACUUAUUUAUCAAGAGCAUUGCUGAUACUGAAAUCUGUCUGGCAUACAGAAACAGCCUUGAUACUUACACAAAUUACACAAAAAUUUUCCAACUAAUGAACUCUCUUAGGGUCAAUGUCACAAUUGUUUUUGCACCAGAAUGGACUGCUGAAGCUCUCAUUAAGGCCGCCAUAAAGCACAACAUCAUCAACAAAGUGUGGAUAGCUGUGGAUGCCUGGUCCUUACACAGAAAACUUCCCAAAGAAAAUGGAAUAAGAAAAAUCGGAACCGUAGUUGGAAUUGCUGAGCCAGUAAUCCCAAUUCCAGGUUUCAAUGAUUUCAUCUAUUCUUUGGAAGCCCGGUAUCAGCAGGAAGAUGCAAACAAAGGAAAGGUCUGUAAUCAGAUCUGCAACUGCACCAAUGUGACAGCCCAAGAUAUCAUCAAUGCAGAUCCAUCUUUCUCCUUUUCUGUUUACGCUGCUGUGUAUGCCAUCGGCCAUGCGUUACAUGCUGUGUUGCAAUGUGGAGUGGACACCUGUAACAUCAGCGUACCGGUACACCCGCACAUGAUUUUAACAGAGCUGAGGAGAUCGAAUUUUUCACUUCUAAACCAGAGGAUUCAGUUUGAUGAAAAUGGGGACCCCAAGUAUGGAUCAUAUUCAAUAGUUUUCUGGAACGAAAGUGGUGAGGCAGAGGAGGUUGGCUUUUACAGUUUCCCUCCAUCAUUCCAGUUCUUCAUCAACAAGAGCAAAAUCAAGUGGCAUGAAAAUGGGGAGGUAAUUUUUAUGUACUUAUGAAAAAUAUUAAAAUAUAAAUGUUUCCUGUUUCUGC